AUGGAGGGCAGUUCUAUACUCCAUGCUUUCACUAACAUUUAUUUUGCCAUUUUUGCUUUGUUUUGCUUCAAGCUUUUAAUUAAGAUUUCCUUGGCUCUUCUGACCCAUUUCUAUAUUGUUAAAGGCAACAGAAAAGAGGCUGCCAGGAUAGCAGAAGAGAUCUAUGGAAUAGUGCCAGGCAGCUGGGCAGACCGAUCCCCUCUUCAUGACGCUGCCUUCCAAGGACGCCUCCUGUCUUUGAAAACCUUGAUUGCACAGGGCUUUGACGUGAACCUGGUGACGACAGACCGCGUGUCGGCUCUCCACGAGGCCUGCCUGGGUGGCCAUGUUGCCUGCGCGAAGGUGCUGCUGGAGAAUGGCGCUCAGGUCAACGCAGUCACCAUCGAUGGGAUCACUCCUCUGUUUAACGCCUGCUGCAGUGGCAGCGUGGCCUGUGUCAACAUGCUGCUGGAGUUUGGAGCCAAGCCGCAGCACAGGAACCACCUUCCUUCACCCAUUCACGAAGCGGUCAAGAGAGGUCACAGGGAGUGCAUGGAGAUCCUUCUGGCCCAUGAGGUUGACAUUGACCAAGAAGAUCUGCAGCACGGGACUCUGCUCUACGUGGGUUGCACGUACCAGAGGACAGACUGUGUCAAGAAGCUCUUGGAGCUAGGAGCCAAUGUGAACAUGGGGAAGCGAUUAGACACCCCCCUCCAUGCAGCAGCAAGGAAAUCCAGCGUGGAGGUAGUCGUCUUGCUGACAGACUAUGGUGCUAACCCGAAAUGCAGAAAUGCUGAGUUCAAAUGUGCCCUUGAUCUUGCCAUACCCAACAGCAAAGUGGAGCAGGCACUUCUGCUUCUGGAAGGUCCUGCCAGCCUUGCCCAGCUGUGCCGCUUGUGUAUCAGAAAGCAUCUGGGUCGGUCAUGCCUAUAUGCAGUCCACAAGCUGCACCUGCCUGAGCCACUUGAGAACUUUCUCCUUUAUCGAUAA